AUGCCGGCGAGAAAAGGAAAACGCUCAGCUACGAAGACGUCCGCCGCAGAAGCAGCUAAAACGGCAGAAUCUACAGAUGCAGAACAAAAAAAGCCUCGUAGAAGUCCUAAAAAGUCUCAAGCCCAGCCUGCAUCACAAAACGUGGAGGAGGCUAAAACUGCAACUACGUUAGAGGAGGGCGAACCUGCACCUAAGAGGGCCAGAGGCAAGCAGAAGGAUAAAACUGAUGUUGCAGAUGGCCAAGAAUCGAAGAACACUCCCGAAAAACGCGGAAGAGGUAAAACUGAGUCACCAAAUAAACCAAAAUCUGGUGGUGAGGCACGUAAGUCAGUAGCGAAGAAAGGAUCGCCACGAGUUGCAGCAAAACCUAAACGAGGCGCGAAAGCCCGGAAAUCUGGUGGAAAAACUGCCUCUGCAAAGCGCAAGUGGUAA